CAAUAUUAUUUAGAUGUCCGACGUCGGCGUUUCACUUACGUGUUAUGUUUAUAAUUUUAUUUAUUAAAAGUUUUAUACCGCUAACAUAAAAUGAAAUUCAAAUAUAUUUUCUUUUUGUGCUGGGUUACGGUAUACUGUGACGAACAUACUCAUACGUAUACAGAUGGAGAACAAGUAGUACUAUGGAUGAACACCGUAGGCCCAUAUCACAAUCGUCAAGAGACUUACGCAUAUUUUUCUUUGCCGUUUUGUGCCGGCACCAAAGUCACCAUUGGCCACUACCAUGAGACCUUAUCCGAAGCGUUACAGGGUGUUGAAUUGGAAUUCAGUGGUUUGGAUAUAACUUAUAAGGACAAUGUACCAGCUCAGGAAUUUUGUGCCAUAGAAUUAAAUGAUCAAUCCUACAAAGCUCUCGUGUAUGCUGUGAAGAAUCAUUAUUGGUAUCAGAUGUACAUAGAUGAUUUACCAAUUUGGGGUAUUGUAGGUGAAAUAGACGGCGAUCACCACUAUAUUUGGACUCACAAGAAGUUUGACAUUGGGUACAAUGGUAAUAGGAUUGUCGAAGUCAAUCUCACUGCCGAAAAUAAAGAGCGACUCACUCCUAAUGCCAAGAUUGCAUUUACCUAUGAAGUGAAUUGGAAGAAGAGCAACAUUCGGUUUGAGGAUCGUUUUGACAAAUACUUGGAUCCAAACUUCUUCCAACACAGGAUACAUUGGUUUAGUAUAUUUAACAGCUUUAUGAUGGUAAUAUUUUUAGUUGGUCUAGUUUCUAUGAUUCUCAUGAGAACUUUACGUAAGGACUAUGCAAGAUAUUCAAAAGAUGAUGAUUUGGAUGACUUGGAAAAGGAUUUAGGUGAUGAAUAUGGUUGGAAGCAGGUGCAUGGUGAUGUUUUUAGACCUGUUCCACAUUUGGCUAUGUUUUCUGCCCUUGUAGGUGCUGGUUACCAACUUACAGUGGUCACUCUAGCUGUUAUCAUUUUCACUAUUUUUGGAGAGCUGUACACAGAAAGAGGUUCUUUACUUUCUACUGCCAUUUUUAUUUAUGCUGCUACUUCACCUGUGAAUGGUUACUUUGGUGGUUCUUUGUAUGCAAGAAUGGGUGGAAAACUAUGGAUAAAACAAAUGUUACUCUCAGCUUUCCUCCUACCAGUACUUGUUUGUGGGACAGCAUUCUUUAUUAAUUUCAUUGCAAUGUACUAUCAUGCAUCUCGAGCAAUUCCGUUUGGCAGUAUGAUUGCUGUUAUGUCAAUUUGUACAUUUAUUAUCUUACCCCUAACUUUAGUGGGUACAGUUCUUGGAAGGAAUUUAGCAGGACAGCCUGAUUAUCCUUGCCGUAUCAAUGCUGUCCCUAGACCCAUUCCCGAAAAGAAGUGGUUUAUGGAGCCAUUUAUCAUCAUUAUUAUGGGAGGUGUUCUGCCUUUUGGAUCUAUAUUUAUUGAAAUGUACUUUAUCUUUACAUCAUUCUGGGCUUACAAAAUUUACUAUGUCUAUGGAUUUAUGCUGCUAGUGUUCCUGAUCCUCAUGAUUGUAACAAUCUGUGUGACUAUAGUUUGCACAUACUUCUUGCUGAAUGCAGAGGAUUACCGCUGGCAAUGGACCAGCUUCCUGUCUGCUGGUAGCACUGCGCUGUAUGUUUAUUUAUAUUCAUUCUAUUACUUCUUGUUCAAGACUAAGAUGUAUGGACUGUUCCAAACAACAUUUUACUUUGGCUACAUGGCUCUGUUCAGUCUUGCUCUUGGUAUAAUCUGUGGCACCGUAGGAUAUGUGGGCACCAGCAUAUUUGUUAGGAAAAUCUAUUCAACUGUUAAAAUUGAUUGAAAACCUCCAUGAAGGGUGUUGUGUAAAAUUAUUAAUCUUAGUAUAAAUUUUAAUUAUGUAUUCAUUACAUAAAAAUGUGUUUGCUGCAUGGAUAUGACAAUUGUUUUUUUUUUUCUAAAUUAUUAUUAUGAAAAUAAAUGCAUACAGUAAAUUUUUGACUAAUACAUUUUGGAGACAUUCCUAGAAUAAUUGAGCCUUGUACAUUAGUGGCAAAAUUGUGUUAAGAUAAUGAAAUACAUGUCGGGUUUAUAAACAUUUUACCAGUUAAUGAAUUUUGAAUGUUUUUGGUGUUUAGAUUGAUUAAAUUGAAUAUGUUUUAUCCUUGUGUAGUUCUGAUAGUGUAAAAGCAAUAUUUAGUAAAUGAUAAGGAGUCUACAACUUUAGAGUGAGAUCAGUAUGUUUGAUGAUUACAGCAGACUGAUGUUAAUAUAUGAGCAGGUUAAAAGCAAAUAUGCUUCAGUCCAAAUUCUUGAUGUUUUAAACUAGGUAUUUUAAAUUAUAGCUUAUUAAAUGUACUAAAACAUGGUAUAGCUAGUUUUCAAAUAAAAAAAUGGUCUGAAGUAUAUUUGCUUUUACUCUUCAUUUGUGAUUUGAGCAAUUUCUUCAUAUAUAUUCUUAGUCUAUUAAUAGAUCCUAGUGAUUACUGUCUUUUUUGUUGUUUAUGUUGAUUAGAAUGUAAAUAUAUUUUUUUUAUCUCGUUUAUUUAAUUGCAUACUUCAAGUAGUUUAUAAAUUAUAUGUGAAAUGUAUUCUAAUGCAAGUAAAACAUGUUUCUAAUCUGCUUCCAGAGUAUUUUAUUCAGUGUUUAUUAAAUGGAUGUACAUUUAAGUUCAAUGCCUUUUGCGUACAAUAAUAUUAAAAUAGAUUCAAGACAGAGUUGUUGUAAAAUUUGUUUAUGCUAUAACAUAUUUCCUUUGACACCAAAUGUUUUGAGAUUUAAAAUUUGUGUAAAUAGCAUGUAGUAAAUAUAGAAUAAUGUUGACACACUUGCGCAGGUUUAACUUUUUCUUUAUAUUUGUUAUUUCUUAUAUCAAUGAGUUAGAAGAGAAUCUGUAAUUUUUUUAUGCCAUCCAUAAUUAGUUUAUUUUGUAAUGUCAUCAAUGCAAUAAAGGU